UCGCUGAGCUUUGAUCGAACUUUCAUCGGGAUCGAGUGUUACUAUCUUUGAAAGCUCUGGGGCGAGAGCACGAUGCGCUGAAGAUCGCAGCCGGUGAAAACAAUGUUUCGUCGCGAUGCCGAUUGCGAACGUGGAUACCGGCGGUGCAAGCUCUGGCCCAUACUUUGAAUGAAAAACGAAAAUGACUACUUCGAAUACUCGUCGUAUUGUGCAGUGUAUAGAUCCGUGAUUCAGUAGUCAUCCAUAAUAUAGUGAUUGUGCUUUUAUUCGUUCUGUGCCAGUUUAUACCUAUUGUUGUGUCAGUGUUUGUUGUCGGUUAAAAAAGUGCAAAGAAAUAUAAAAAAAAAAGAAUUAUAAUAAUGUGGUCAAGCAGUGCCAACAACACGACAGAGUACGCUUUCUGCGACAACGAGCUCGACGGCUUUCACACGGGCUACGUGGCCAUACACGGCUGGGUGGCCCUCAUCGUGUGCAUCUUCGGCUCGAUCGCCAACGGCCUGAACAUCGCCGUGCUGACCCGGCGGGAGAUGACGUCGCCGACCAACGCCAUACUGACGGGCCUCGCGGUGGCCGACAUGCUCGUGAUGGUCGAGUACAUACCCUACGCGUUUCACUCGUAUCUCGACAAGCGGCCCAGGAGCGAGACCUUCACCUACAGCUGGGCCGUCUUCGUGCUGUUCCACUCGAUCUUCGCCCAGGUCUUCCACACGAUCUCGAUCUGGCUGACGGUGAUGCUGGCCAUCUGGCGCUACAUCGCCGUCAUACACGCGCAGAAGAGCCGCGAGUGGUGCACCUACAAGCGCAGCAUAAUCGCCAUCGUGGCGGCCUACGUCAUCUGCCCGUUGAUCUGCAUACCGAUCUACGUGACGACGGAGGUGCAGCAUCGCAACGUCACCCUCAACAGUAGCAGUGACAACAACAGCAGCAGCAACGUCAGCGGCGGUAACGGUAGUAGCGCCGGCGACGCCAACACGACCAUCUACUACGUCCAGAUGACGGAGAGCGCGAAGCACAGCGCCGCGCAGGAGGUCAACUUCUGGAUCUACAGCGUCGUGAUCAAGCUCAUACCGUGCGUGGCUCUGACGAUACUCAGCCUGCCGCUCAUCAGGGCCCUGAUGGAGGCGAAGAAGCGACGCAAGAAUCUGACGACCGCGACCAUGCUCAAGAUGGAGGAAUCCAUCAAUCUGUCGGAGGGCAAGAAGCGCAAGAGGAAAGUGUCGCGCGCCAUGGACAAGGAGCGACAGACCGACCGCACGACCAAGAUGCUGCUGGCCGUGCUACUGCUGUUUCUCUUGACGGAGUUUCCGCAGGGCACGUUGGGCUUGUCCAGCGUCAUAUUCGGCAAGGUCUUCUUCAACAAGUGCUACGUCAAACUCGGCGAAGCCAUGGACAUCUUGGCGCUGAUGAACUCGGCGAUUAAUUUCAUCCUGUACUGCGCGAUGAGCCGGCAGUUCCGCACGACCUUCCACAAGCUGUUCUGCCGCUGGAAGUUCUUGAAUCGAUGGCUGCCGGUGCCGCAGCAGGCGGAGAACAACAACGGUCACACGAUGAACAACACGGUGACGCAGGUGACCCACGUGUAGCAUCGAGACGCCCGUCGACGAUUGUCCAGCCGCUGCUGCUGCUGCUGCAGAAGUCGCAGCAGCAGCCCCUGCUGAUCUUUGUCGCCUCGCACGCACUUCGCAGCGGCUAUCGCAUCAGCUGUGAGAUUUCAUUAUCGAAUACAUACGUAUCCAAACGCGCACAAGUGUUCCUUCCUCGAAAGUCGAAAGCUCAGAAGAAUAAUAAUUGCCAAUCGAGAGCAGGACUUUUUAUCGGGUAUUUUUUUAUGUACGUAGUGAGGAGUGAGUGUAAAUGUAUAAUAAUAGCACAGAAGAUUGGCCCAUUGUAAUUAUUAUGAACGAAAAAUCGGAGGAAAUAGGAU